UCAUUCCAUCAUGUGAUCGUAACUUGCAUUGAGAAUCUUUGUAGUAAUUAUUAGGUUGUUGUUGUUGUUGUUGUUAGUUUAUGUUGUUUUAUGGGUGUACAUACAUAUAUGAAAGGGUUGGACAAUAUUUUACCUCUAUAAAUGCACCAACACUAAGUGUUAUGAAGGGGCUCCAUUGGGGAUAGACGUAUACACUAAGGCUGUUGGGCAUGGUGACGGAGGUGAAGAAGGCGACGGGACGAAGAUGGAGGGGGCGGGAUGGGGUGCCGGAGAGAGAAGAAGGGGGCCCACCAUUUGGAUCGUCCUCAACGUCGAUAUUCCGACGUUGAAGACGGGGACGGAGCUGAGUCGGAGACGGGGUGGACGACACCACCAUACCGAGCAGCCUAACGUGUAUAAAUAUAUAAAAAAAGUGGACAUGUUUAUGGUUUUAUUUUUGUAAUAUAAUCAUAAUGACAAAUCUUAGACAAGUUUACGAGGAUUAACAAAAACUUAUGUUUUGAAUACUAGAUGAUGUUACCAACGUUGUAAUGUAAAGGUGGAUGUGAAUAUGAUUUUUGCUUAGAUCUUGGAUUUGAAAUUUAACAUUGAUGUACAUGUUAAAUCGCCUUCAUAUUCACCACUAAGGCUAUGGGGUAUGGGAUAAAUCCCCUAGGCGCUUUAUCAGGACACGUCAGCGCCACCUAGGAUCCACAUCAGCCAAGAGGGCUUUAUCACGCCUUCUCUUAACUUGCAGGGUGUGAGAUAACGCCCCCUAGUAAAAAAAUUAAAAAAAAAAUUGUUAUUGGAUGAAAUGAUGUGGGCCCCACCUGCCCCCUCCCUUCUUCCUCGUUACCAUGGUAAAGCCCGCGCCCUGGUUUAACUAGCAAGGUGUGGGUGGUGGUGCCGAGGGGGGCGGUGAUGUGGCAUGGUGGCGCCCUCCUGCCUAAAGCAACUAGUUGUUAUCUGAUUUGUUUAAGUUGUAACAACUAUUUUGAAAACGUUCAUCCAAACACCCUCUCGCUUUCUUUUACACUUUGCAGUGCAGGGAUUACAUAGCGGGAAAUUUUGGAUGUAUUUCUUUAUCUUAAUCUAAAGAAACUAAAAGCCCAUAUUCAACAUCAUGGCUACUGCAAAAGCUCUUGAACCUGCAUUCCAGGGAGUUGGUUCUAGACCAGGGCUUGAAAUAUGGAGAAUUGAAAACUUUAAACCCGUCCCUUUGCCAAAAUCUGAUUAUGGUACAUUCUACGCUGGGGAUUCAUAUGUUGUCUUGCAGACUUCUGCUGGUAGGGGAGGUGCAGGUGUAUUCGCGCAUGACGUACACUACUGGUUAGGAAAAGAUACUAGCCAGGAUGAAGCUGGAACAGCGGCAAUAAAAGCAGUGGAACUCGAUGCGAUUCUCGGUGGGCGCGCAGUGCAACAUAGAGAAGUCCAGAAUUAUGAAUCUGAUAAAUUUAUAUCGUAUUUCAAACCGUGUAUUGCACCACGAGAAGGUGGCGUUAAAUCUGGAUUUAAAAAACCCGAAGAAGAAGAGUUUGAAACACGAUUAUAUACAUGCCGAGGAAAACGAGUUGUUCAUUUGAAACAGGUCCCGUUUUCUCGAUCUGUGUUGAAUCAUGACGAUGUGUUUGUCUUGGACACUAAAGAGAAGAUCUUUCAAUUUAACGGAGCAAAUUCAAAUAUUCAAGAAAGGGCUAAGGCUUUGGAGGUUAUACAGUUCUUGAAGGAUAAAUAUCAUGAGGGGACAUGCAAUGUUGCAAUUGUCGACGAUGGAAAACUACAAGCCGAGGGAGAUUCAGGUGAAUUUUGGGUUAUUUUUGGCGGGUUUGCUCCUAUUGGUAAAAAGGUUCUAAGUGAUGAUGAUGUCAUCCCCGAAAGGACGCCUGGCAAACUUUACAGCAUUGAUGGAGGGAAGGUUGGGGAUCAAAUCGAGGAAUAUUCAAAAUCAACAUUCGAAACCGACAAAUGCUAUCUAAUGGAUUGUGGUUUCGAGGUGUUUGUUUGGGUUGGUCGAGCAACGCAGGUGGAUGAUAGAAAAGCUGCCACACAGGCUGCCGAGGAGUUUCUCACCAGUAAUAAUCGGCCGAAAGCCACCCUUAUAACCCGACUAAUUCAAGGUUAUGAGACUCACGCAUUCAAGUCAAACUUUGACUCUUGGCCAUCGUCAACCGCACCUUCUGCUGAAAACCGAGGAAAAGUGGCUGAAAAUAGAGGAAAAGUUUCAGCUCUACUGAAGCAACAAGGUGGUGGGCCGAAAGGAAAAGAAAAAAACGCUCCGGUUGUUGAGGAAGUUGUUCCUCCUUUGCUUGAUGCAAAUGGAAAACUCGAGGUAUGGUCUAUUGACGGCGGUGCUAAAAACCCCGUAGCCAGUGAGGACGUCGGUAAAUUCUACAGUGGGGAUUGCUACAUUGUUCUUUACAGUUACCAUUCUCGAGAGAAAAAAGAUGAUUUUUAUCUUUGUUACUGGAUUGGAAAGGAUAGUACUGAGGAGGACCAAAAUACAGCUGCUAAGUUGACUACAUCAAUGUUCAAUUCGCUCAAGGGGAGGCCAGUUCAGGGCCGUAUAUAUCAAGAGAAAGAACCGCCACAAUUCAUUGCUAUUUUUCAACCUAUGGUUCUUUUGAAGGGUGGAUUAAGCUCCAGUUAUAAAAGCUACAUUGCGGAAAAAGGAUUAACCGACGAAACUUACAGUCCAGAUAACCCUUCAAUUAUUAGGAUAUCGGGAACUGCAGUGCAUAAUAAUAAAACUGUUCAUCUAGAUCCGGUGCCAGCAUCUUUGAAUUCGCAUGAAGUCUUCGUCGUACAUGCCGGGUCCCACCUAUACAUCUGGCAAGGAACCCAAAGUACUUAUGAACAGCAGCAAUGGGCAGCUAAAAUUGCUGAAUUUUUAAAACCUGGAGUAACCGCAAAGUAUCAGAAAGAGGGAACCGAAAGCGCAACUUUUUGGCUCGGGCUUGGAGGGAAAGAAGAUGUUUCCACUAACAAAGUAUCAUUUGAUACUAUUCGAGAUCCUCAUUUGUUUGGAUUUUCACUUUCUAAAGGAAAAUUUGAGGUCGAAGAAGUUUACAACUUUGAUCAAGAUGACUUGUUGCCGGAGGAUAUUUUAAUAUUAGACACACAUGCUGAGGUUUUUGUUUGGAUUGGUCAAGCGGUUGACCCGAAGGAGAAGAAAAACGCUCUUGACUAUGGGCAGAAAUACAUAGAAUGGGCUGAAAAUCUGGACGGAUUAAACCCGCGUGUGCCGUUAUACAGAGUUCCAGAAGGAAAUGAACCGAACUUCUUCACAACAUAUUUCUCUUGGGAACCUUUAAAAACCCAAAUUCAUGGAAACUCUUUCCAAAAGAAGAUUACUAUACUGUUUGGAGCAGGUAGUGCUGAGGGUGCUGGGAAUCAAGGUGGCGGUAACACUCAAAGAGCUGCAGCGAUGGCUGCGUUGAACUCAACUUUUGGCUCGUCUGGUGGUGGAGGUGGCGGCGGUAAAGCACCCGGUGCAACAAAAAAUGCCGGUUCACAGAGACGUGCCGCAGUCGCUGCAUUAUCCGGGGUUAUUCCUGAUGCCAAAAUCGAUGAACCUGAGUCACCUGAGAAGCCUGAAGAAGCACCUGAAGAACCUAUAGAACCAUCUGAACCCAUUCCCGACGACAACGAUUCAGAACCAAAAGUGGCGAUUGAGGAGGACGAAAACGGAAUUUUGUCAAGUCAAUCCACUUUCAGCUAUGAACAAGUUAGGGUUAAGUCAGAGAACCCUGCACCUGAUAUUGAUCUUAAGAGGAGAGAGGCUUAUCUUUCUGUUGAAGAAUUUGAGUCUGUGCUUGGGAUGACAAGAGAGGAGUUUUAUAAGUUGCCAAAAUGGAAGCAAGAUUUGACCAAGAAAAAGGUUGACCUCUUCUAAAAAUCAAACUCCUUAAAGCACACCAAGUAAUAAGCAUCAAACACUACCAUUAUCUGCAUAUUAAUAAUUAUAUUGUGGUUUUGACCCAAUUAAUCUGCCUAAUUAUAUGGGCAUAUUCUUGAUUGUGGUAUGGUAUGAUUAUUGUAUUUAGUA